CUUGACUUUCGGAUCUUAUCCACUAUUCUAGAUUUCCCCUCCAUUUCAUCUUUUUCUUUUUUCCCCCGAGCAAUUUUACGCAGAACAAAGAGUAUCGCGCUGACAACGCCGAGGUCUGAAAAUCUGAUAUUUUGUGCCCUACUAUUUCCUUGCCAUGAAAUGGACAAGGAAAAGGUAAUUGCAGUGUAUUCAAUGCUCCAUCUGGUUUUCCAUCGGAAUAAGAACCAACACGGGAAGACAAAAUGGUGGAAAUGGCUUUCUUUGCUCAAACGAGCCACUAUGAAUCUUUUGAAAAGUCUAGAAUGUGAACUAGCACGCAGCAGAAACAAGUCCAUUGUCGAUAAGCAUGCCAAACAUUUAGCCACGAGUGUGGUACCCAAGUGUUAUCGUGCGUUCUCCACAGUUGUUGCAGAUGGGCAGUUUUCGACGCUUGGUAUCGUUCUAUUAGCAACAUUGGCUCGCCUUACAAAAGCAAUGGCGAUCGAUAAAAAAUUGGGUUGUCCACCACAAAAGUCACGGGUUCCAGCUAUUCCAGAUCGAAGUUAUACUCCAAAGGAGGAUAUUGGGGAGGUCCUCUCUCGGACCCAAGAUCAUUCAGGUGCGGCGGUCGACACCGAGACCCCUACCGCCCAUCCAACGGCCUUAGGGGUACGCAAAAACAGUGAUCUAGGGAAGAAGAAGCGCCCUGGUUCUACAGAUGUGAAAAAACCGAAAAAAAUCAAAAAAACCAAAAAGGAUGCCAUAGACGAGCUUUUCGCUAGCAUUCGUUGAAUAGCAGAAUCCACGAGCUGUUCUAUAUAGAUACAAGGCAGACAGCCAUCUUUGGUAUUGGGGCAAGAAUAUAUGUGCAUAACAUGAAUCCCCCUUCCCGGCUUUUUCAUGGAGACUUGAGGACCGGCAAUUCGGCGUUUCCCAAUAUGUUCACACCGAAGUAGUUGAUGAGGAUCCAAACCAUAGUGUAAAGGUACUUCGGAGAAAAGACCGUCCAGAUGAAAAGAUGCGCUCUUAAUACUGUACAAGAAACCAUGACAGACACCAAGGUUGUGGUAGCAUAAAAUGUCAAAACCGUGAUAUGCGCUCUCUUGUUCCACCGCU